GCCUUACGCCGCUGACGCAGCGCGCCCAAGAUGGCGGCGCGGUCGUCGUCGGGGGUGGCGGCGGCAGAGGGGGCGGCGGCCGUGGCGGCAGCGGCGACGGCAGCCGUGACGGCGGCGGCGCGGGACCUCGGUCGGGGGGAAUGAGGCGACCACGGUGGGGCAGCGGCGGAGCCGUGUAGCAGAGAAGCAGCUCUACUUGUCUGCUUCCCUCGGCUGAGUCGGGGGCGCGCGCGCGCGCGCGGCCGUCCGGAGCGGGCUCCCCUCCCCUCGACACCCGCGACCCGCACCGCACCCCCACUCGGGCUCGGAGGAUGAUGAAGCUCAAGUCGAACCAGACCCGCACCUACGACGGCGACGGCUACAAGAAGCGGGCCGCAUGCCUGUGUUUUCGCAGCGAGAGCGAGGAGGAGGUGCUACUUGUGAGCAGUAGCCGCCAUCCAGACCGAUGGAUUGUCCCUGGAGGAGGCAUGGAGCCUGAGGAAGAGCCAGGUGUGGCAGCAGUCCGUGAAGUCUGUGAGGAGGCUGGAGUAAAAGGGACAUUGGGAAGACUAGUUGGAAUUUUUGAGAACCAGGAGAGGAAACACAGGACGUAUGUCUAUGUGCUAAUUGUCACGGAAGUUCUGGAAGACUGGGAAGACUCAGUAAACAUUGGAAGGAAGAGGGAGUGGUUUACAAUAGAAGAUGCCAUAAAAGUGUUGCAGUGUCACAAACCCGUGCAGGCGUCAUAUUUUGAAACGUUGAGGCAAGGCUACUCAGCCAACAAUGGCACCCCGGUUGUGGCCACCACAUACUCGGUUUCUGCUCAUAGCUCCAUGUCAGGCAUCAGAUGACUGAAGACUUCCUGUAAGAAAUAGAAAUUGGAAACGAGACUGAAGUGCAGACCUCCCUCCCACCCUGGCUCUUUCACUUCUCCUCACAGGCCUCUUCUUUGACAUAAGGCAUGAUGGGCAGCAGAGAAAGGGUGUAUUGAUAAUGUUGCUGUUUGGUGUUAAGUGAUGAGGGUUUUCUUCUCUUUCUACCAAGGGGGGUGGGGGCUGGGUAUGUAAUUUGUAAGUGCUUUUGUGCAUGAUCUGUCCCUCCUUUUCGCACCCCUGCAGUCCUCUGAAGAUAGACAAACAGUCUUCCCCCUGCCCCGGAUUCUGAAGUGUUCCUGUUUGUCUCAUCCCAGCCCUGGCUAGACAUUUUUCUUUUAUUUUUAAUUUUUUUUUUUAUUAAAAGAUUCCAAUGUGAGAUGAAACUAUUCAAGAAUUUGUCCUACGAUGUACUGUUUAAUUUAGUAGGUUGGUCUUUUUCACUGCAGGAUACAUUUAUCUACACAUUAUAUAUUGGACAUAUAAUAUGUAAAUAAAUGACUUUUAGAAAGAGGAAUUUAACUCUUUAUUUUUUCAAGUUUUUUUUUUUUUUAAUUUGAGUGUUUCUGGAAUGGAGAGCCUCACAACUUACUUUUUUGUUGUUAAUACUAGUGGCUAGGCAAGUUUUCCUGUCCUCUCUCUAGUCCCCAGUCAUUGACUAUAGUUACGUAGGGUUUAAGAAGAGUCCACCUACCUUCAUAGUGCUCCCAGGACUCGUGGCCUUCUUUUCUCUAAGCUGUGUUUCCAUGCCAAGAAAGAAACACGAAGAAACCUAUUUUCUUUUUUAUUACUAAGCCAGGAGCAAAUGGCCUAAGUCCAGAUCUGGAGAAACAAUGCUAGAGAUUGAAUUCUGCCCUACGUGUUGGCACUAGGUUUGAACUUGAUUCUUGAGAUUACUAUCUAAAAAACUGGAGUAUCAAGCACCAUUUCUAUCCUGCUGGUUUAGAAUCUUUUCCAUAAUGCUACUUAUUGCUGACAACGACCUCUCUUCUUGUCCAUAUAUGCCUUACACCGUGCUGAACUGAAUAUUGUCCUCAUGCUCUUAAGCAUCCAACUGUACUUUGCAAGUGCAGCUACACAGGCCUGUCCCCACAUUGGGUAACCACGUUAAGUUCCUGAUAAGUACAAAGGGGGAAAGUCAGGUGUUUGCUUGUCUUUGUAAUGUUGCAGCACUUGUGAUUGCACCAUGGAGCAUGCUCAGAAUAUUAAACUGGUCUUCCACCAGGAUAUGAAAGGGCCAUCUUCUGAAAAGUGCUAUGGGAAGCCACGUAAUCAUUUACUAGAGUGGCCACAAUGCAUUGGCUCACUGCGGACUCUCUUGCUAGUUUUUGAUACAGGUUUCAUGCUGGCUUUAUUUGCCAGUUGUAUUGUUUAGUUAGGAAGCAAAAGGGUCUUGAGAUCGGGGUAGGAUUGGAGAGGGGAACACUGAUUGAUCCUGGCGUAGGACAGGAGAUAUGUCACUAUACUUUUAGUGGCAUCUCUUUUGUCAAAACAUAGCCAAGAUGUAAAGUUAAAAUUGUAGUUCUCCUUAUUUAAAAAUCCUAAUAAA